UUUCACGCCGACGACCGAUCGAGUAAUGCCAACGUUGCUGAGGAUUCCACACAACGCGUUCCUGUGAGGUUCCAGGCACCGAAACCAUGGACAGUCCGUGCGCCUAGCGCUACGCCGAUAGAUAAAGUCGGGACACGAACUAACGACACCAGGAGUAAGCAUAAGCGGGAUACGGUAGAGAGAGAGGCACAUGGGAAUAAAGAUAGUGGUAGCCGGUGGCAAAGGUGGCGCGAACAUAAACUGAGGAUCGAGCGCCGGCAUAUGAAGGGUACCGAAUAG